UCGUCCUCCACUUCCUCUCAUCCCAAGCUUCCCUCGAGGCCCAUCAUCGUGUCAUUCUCAACCACGGCGCGACCGCCUGUCCAGACGGACUCCUCCGAGGAGGGCGACUAUUACUACACUGCGCCGCCAUCGCCUCACUCUUACCCCUACUCCGAAGCAUCAGCCUCCAAUUCCUCUUCCGUCGGCCCCCCACCGUUCUCGUCACUCUUCGUCGUACCGCCGACAGACCCCAGCAACCGCGCCCAAGAGCUCGCCGUCACCGGGCCCCCCGAACCCGCGUCGCUCUCCGCCUUCGCGCCUCCGCCCCCUGUCGAGGCGCUUCUCGACUCGGCCCCUUCGUCGUCGGUUGUCGCAGAGACCAAAGCGUCCUUCUCGCAAGAGCCCAAAAGUGACGGGCGAGAGAAGAGUGCUGACGACGGGGAACCGCCGCCACCGUACACCGAAGGUUACAGUCCGCUCGAGUCGUUCAGCUACGUGAUGGCUGCUGCCGGAGGCGCUUCGAGUAUUAUUACUCAGGUGCAGCAAACGGGAGGGCCACCGAUCAACACUCUUGGAGAUAUUGGCAGCGAUGAGCACAUCACUCUCGAUCUCCGGGGUACCCGGUUCACCCUUUCGCGUGACGAGUUGCUGACGUUGCCUGAAUUCGUGCUCCUUUCGCUGUUUCCGAAUGGCCUUCUUCCGGAUGGGCAUAUGGGUGGCUUCCAUGAGGGCGAUAUCUACCCGGUUGAUUAUGACCCGGCCUCGCUUCAAUACAUGCUGGACUUUUUCAGACACGUUGCUCAGUCGAUCCCGACUUCUCUGCCGUCCGGCUCGACCUCGCCAGAGCUGGAAGCGCACGAUCCGAUGCAGAGCUCGACACGGGACAUGCUGCAAGAUCGUGCGGGAAUUAUCGUGCUUCGAGAAGAUCUCGAUUUCUAUACAAUCCCACCGUUUCCGAAUAUCGACCAUGAUGAGAUGCUGGAAGUCAAGCGGGCUGCUGGCCGAGCCCUCUUGAAACAGGACGGGAUUUUCUCCGGGUUGAGGAAAAGCGAAGAGGUUGGCUCUACGGAGCAGCACUUGAUUGAAAUGCUUACUGCUGGUGGAUUUGACCGCGAGGAUCAAUGGGGCCAUCGAGCUCCCGAGCCCAACAAGGCGGUGAUUUGCAGUUUGGCGCUGGCCAAACUCCGCACUGAUAUCCGCGGGGAUCUGACAAAUAACAAUGCCGUAGGGAUGGCGCAGAAGCUUCUCCUGUUCUGGCGGAAACCCGCGCGGCGGUGUUGGUGGGAGGGGAUCGAGCUGGAGAAUGUGGAGGGCGUGGAGGGUCCCCUCAAGGUCUGGAUUCGCCGUGUGUGGACGCUAGAAAUGGUAAGCUUCCGGAUUUUCUGUCCCUUGUGCUGUCGGCUAAUGCUUUCUUCAGAGCGUGAUCGGACUGCG